GUUUGAUUCAAUAUAAAAUCCCCGCUGUGCAAUGUAUUCUCCUCAUGCCUUGCACUGGGUUGCUGUGCUUCCCCCUCAACGAGAGAUACCCCACUCACCCUCUCACUCGCGGAGCUCAAUCACAUAACACGUACUUCACCUUAUAAUCAUCUCUUCAUUUUCUACUUUCAGUCCGAUUCAACUCCCACAAGCCAAACCAAAGGCCUCCGCUACUCAGCAUGCUCCUUUUUUGCUCUUCCGUCAGAGUUUUUGAGGAUAAGAUCGACACUCCUACUUCGCCUUCUGGGCGUUUCUCGAGCCUGCGCGUCCCGACGUUCCAACUCACCAAACGACGCAAGGUCAACAAGGCGAUCAUUGGGACUCCAACAGGCUUUGUGCACUUCCAACACAUAGAUUCUGGCUCUUGUCAGUUGAAUGAAACAAACCUGAGAGCCAUCGACACUGUCGAGUGGAAGACACUCGUUACCAGAAAGCUGAGUGAUGCAUCUCAAUCAUCAGCAGAAUCCAAUCCUCGCAGGCUUGGCCUUCGCCUGAUUACAGACAUCUCAGCGCCUUCAUCAGGCGCAUCGCACAUCCCACUAUCACCUGUGGCUGUGUCCCCAGCGUCACCCACCACCCCAGCCUCCACUGGAGCCCGUCGUCGAUCGACACUCCUCACUCGCAAACCCGUGCCAGCCUACGUCGAUGAGACGACUACUGCUACUGCCCCGACCAGUCCGAUUGUCAUGGAGAGCAUAUAGCUACUUGAUUGCGCAGCCACCGCAAUCCUCGUGAGCGAGAACAACCACAAACGCCAGUACUGUGAUCCGAGUCAUUGUGGCCUUAUCUCUCUUCCAAAAUCCGCGCAUCUCCGACAAAG